GUCAAAAAAAGCCUUAAGCUGCUAUUGGGGACUGAAGGCCAUACACCGUUUCGGGGGUAAUUGUUCAGAAUUCAUUGAUACGCUUCAAACCUAAAGGCCUGCAGACUGGAAUGCCAUUUUAAGGAAAAUUGUGGAAUUGCAUCUCUUUAAAUCAUAAGUACAGACGAACAGAGUAGUAGCUGAUGUAAAUGUUUAAAAUGAACAGUGACUUUUUCCCCCCUCUAUCUAGUUGAAGCGCAAUGUGCUUUUUUCUGCUGCGCUACAAUCUGCCGCCUCACGGCUCCAUGGAGCCCAAGGACCAGCGUUACUUCCAGCCGUGGCGGGAUUACUUGGGUCUCGCGGACACGGUGCGUAUGAUGCGGGAAGCCUCUGUUCCCGAACCUCACCAGGUCCGGAAGUUCAGGUUUACGCCUGAGAUUUCUCAUCACCAGGGCCGUAAUGCUGUAAUGUUCCAGACUUUCCCCGAGCCUGAGAUGUCCGUGGUCAGAGGCAGUCCGAAAACGCCGAUGGGGCAACUGAAACGCGGCCGUACCAGGACCACAGGGUCUCCACCUCUACCUCCAUCACCUCAAGGUUCUCACUCUGGGGAAAUGUUCUGCGGUUUCUGCAAACAUAACCGCGAGUCUGAAGAAGUGUUCAGGUCACACUGCCUGAGGGGAAGCGGCGGAGAAGUGGCGUGUCCUUACCUGCGCCGGUAUGUGUGUCCGCUGUGCGGGGCGACGGGCUACCGCGCGCACACCAUACGCCUCUGCCCGCUCGUGGACAGCACGUACACCUCCAUGUACACCUCCAAGUGCACCUGGGCUGCCCGGAAAUUACAGAAAAUCUGAACGCCACUUUCACACUCGCUACCAAACUGUAGGUUAUUUUUUAUUGCUUUUAUCUGAGGGUGUGUGGCUGUAGAAAGUUCAACGUGCUUUAAAAAUAAAAAUAAAAAAAUUAAAAAAAAAACUUGUUGCGCAAAAACAAGUUUUUCAGCAUUAUAUUUUUAAUGUCUGCAUUAUUGUACUUAUAGUUAUGGCUUAGAGCUGUUAGGCUUAGUUGUUUUUAGCUCUGGAAUGACAUGCCCUGGGUUUAGUGCUGUAACACCUGGAAAGGUGUGACUGUCAAGAG